AAACUUGUGCCUUGUCAUCACCAUAAGAUCGUAGUGUUUUAUUUUCAAUAUUUCCGAACGCUUUUGAGCAUGCCACGAGACAGAAAAUCUAAAAAACCUGUUAUCAUCGUUGAUGAUGAUGAUGAUGUCAUCGAGGAGGAUGGAGACAAUGAUUUUACUUCUAAUGUUAGAAGUGACCGAUCAAUAAGGAGAAGGAAUUUAGAAUCUCGAAAACAAGAAGAAGAAAACAUUGCACAGCAAGAAGAAGAUGAGCUGGAGAAAGCACUGGCACUCAGUCGUCAAGAAAUGCAGAAGCAAGCCAAAAUAAGUGAAUUAUUUCAAGAGCAAGAAGAUUAUGUGAAAAAGAAACAAACUCCAACCAAAGACAAUACAGCUUCUAACAAGGUAACCUCCAGCACAGAUGCUACUGAAAGCAAGUCUUCAAGUUCCCAUUUUGUAUCAGAUGAUAACUGUGGGAGGAAAAUUACCAGUCAUAUUAGUGAAAUUACACAGGAGUCAGAGAAUAAUAUGAAGGAAAUGGAUUGUUCCACAACACAUGUUACUGCCUAUGCUAAUGACAACAAUGCAGAUAGGAAUCAGGAUCAUCCAAAACCAAGCAGAUUUAAAUUUCGAAAGAGGAAGAUAGAUCCUCCACAGGAACCAAUUCUUCAUAUUAGUAAGAAAGCUAAAGUGGAACCAGAUAUGCCAGAACAAGAUAACAUUUCUUCGGAGUAUAAACCUAUGGUUAGAAAAGUUAAAUCAGAUUUCCGAGUUAAACCUACAGUGAAGAUGCGGCAAUUAGUUGAUAAAAGAUUAUUGAAAUGCAAAAGGGCAAGAAGACAUUUUUCUUUCUCAAAACAUUUAUAUGCACCGAAUGAUGUUGAUCCAAACGUCUAUACCAAUGUUAUCAUUGCAAUGUUUGAACAGUAUCGAUUAGCGGUGAAAGUAGAGCAGUCAAAAUCCUUUUAUUCGUGUAAUACUUUUUUUGGCACCCCAAUCAAACCUGGGUAUCAUAUGAGUAACACGCUUGAUGCAAGAUUACGAAAUUCUAACCAGCCGAUGUAUGAUGUCUAUAUUGUGAAUGAAGGAGAAGAUGAUGACUUGGAAGUAAUGGAAGAGAAAAAAACAGCAAAAAAUCUUAGUCCCAUUAACAUGGAAGAUGAAGAAGAAACAAUCGACCCAUUUCAGAGACCUUGUCAAGCUAGGGACCAAGAAACUAAGGUUCUUGAGUCUGACCAGAGUUCAUCUGAUGCAGACAACUUUCUGACCAUUGGCAGAAAGCAUCACCCCUCACGAAAAGCUUUGGAUUUUAAUUCAGCAUCGCAGAAUAAAGAUGGCAGUCAAAGUAGCAAUGAUGAAACAUUGUCAACUACAGUGAAACAAACAAGCCGUGUUAUUGAUUUGGCGAACGAUGACACCCAGGAAUUUGACAAUCAGUUUGGCGAGGUAGAAGAUUUGGAUAUAAAUGUGAACAAUGUCUCACAGGAGAUUGCUGGAAAGAAUGAUUCUAAUUCCAUGUCAAACAAAGUCGUUCCUUCAAAGAAUACUGUUGUGCGAAAUGAGGAUGCAGAAAAUGAUAGUGAAGAAUAUGAAAAUGAGACAGGCCUUGCAAUAAAAGUCAAUGAAGUUGAGUUAUCAGGUGAUGAUCUGUUUGGAAAUGCUGGCUCUGAUGAUGAGAGUGCUGUCAGUGUGAAAUCAGGUACUAAAAUUGAUACAUCAAAGAAACGUGAUGAGUGUACUAGCAGCAACAUAGCAGCGCCAGUUUCCAGUGGUAGCCCACUUAUCAAGAAUGUUGCUGCUUCUGAGUCAAAUACAAAUCCGUUUGCAAGCUGGAAAACUGUUCAUGAUAAAACAAAACUUUCAGGAUCUCAAGAAAAUGGUCAAGAUAUCAAGUCGUCAUCCCAAAACUCUAUAAUAAAAUACUCAGAACUAUGCAGUACGGAUAAUAUUAGCAAGAAAUUAUGUUACGAAGAAAAAAGACUAGUUCAUUAUUAUCAGAAGAACCUUUUUUCAAAAGGAGCGAUAGAUGAAGCAUUUUAUGUUUGUGAUGAGGAGCCAGAGGAUGCCGGAAAUGAAGGGACAGAUGAACAAAUAGAUGAAAAGCGGAAGGAAUCAAACGAAGCAGAGGAGGAAUUUAAGACAGUGCCCACCAGUUCGAUGCUGAAGUAUACUACUGACCAAAGUGAUGUAGAAGAACCAACGACCAGUGCUGAUGUGUCGCAACCAAGCCCUGAAAGGAGUGAUUCUACAACCAUUCCAGUUUACGAAGUAGACAAAAAUGUGAGAGACUCUGAGUCAGAACUUAUUGAAGACCCUGAAUCACCACAACAGGGCACUGAGUGUCCACUGUGUGGUGUGAUGUUUCCACAAACUGAAAUAGAAGUACAUGCCGCUGAUUGUGAUGGUACUGUACCAGUCAAGAGAACCAGGCCAGCUAAAGAAAGUGCCAAGUCAUCUUUUCCUGAAUUGAUAGAAGCAAGAAAGGAGAAGUUUGGCAAACCUAAACGUCCACCAGUUGUCUGUGUGUCACCUGUUACAGAAGGUCUUGACUGGAUAAAUGAUGAAGGUCCUAGUACAAGCACGGCAAAUGACUUCAGUAAACCUGUUCGCGGCCAUAGGAAACCUGGUAUAAAACGAAAAUGGAUCCAAGAUAGUGAUAGUGAAGAAGAGUCAGCUAUUAGUAAAAUAGUGAAAACACAUAAUAGUGAAUCGUCAUCUCCGAGUGCACACAAUGACGCUAUAGAAGAUAUGUUGAAAGACGGUAUUAUACAAGUUGCUGAGAAACGAAUGACGAGAAGACAAAGACUGAGAAUAUUUCAAGAGAAGCCGAGAAAUCGUGCACCAUCCUCAUCAUCAGCGGCAGCGAUGGUGGAUGUAACACGACAGAAACAAAAAGUGAAAACAGAAGAGAGACUAGAGCAGUGUUUUAUUUGCCAUAAAAUGAUACCUCAUUCCAAAUAUGCUCAGCAUGUACAGGAAGAGGUUGACAGGCAGAGUGCUCCAAGUCAAAUAGAGGAUGUCGAAAUACUUGAUGAUAGCGACGAUGACAAUGCCAGAAACCAUGGUAAUAAUAAUAAUGAUAAUGAUAAUGAUAAUAAUUAUAAUGAUGAUGAUGAUGAUGAUGAUGGAAAUGAUGCUGAUGUAGAUGAUGAUAGUGGUACUGAAAUUAAUUGGAAUGAAAUAAGCGAUUCACCUAUCAAAGCUUUCCGUGGCAUUUCUAAACAACAAGACUCUUUGAUUGAUUAUAAAAAUCAGUUUAAGAAGAAAACCAGGACCUCAAAAGCCAGUAGCGAUGGCUACAGUGCUGUCCCUAAAAAGAAGUUCAGCAGAGGGGGGAGUAGAGGUAGAGGGGGAAGGGGCAAAGGUCGAGGGAAGUGGAAGCGACGUGGCAGUAGAAAAGCGUGGAAUAAAUGA